CAGUCUCAUAAGAACAGCUUUCCCUUCAAUAUUUGUUUCUGAACUUGCCAUACAUGUAUCUACAUGACAUUUUUAAAAAUCUUCUCAAGAACUACUGAUCCAUUUUCAAUGAAGCUUGGCACAAAUCAUCCUUUUGUAAAGUUUGUUCAAAUGAAGGGUCAUGCUCCUCUUACAAGGUAGAUAAUUCAGCAUAGGCAAAAAUAAGAUUCGGUCAUUUACAAAUUUUGGUCUAAGAAACCACUGGGCUAGAAAAGUUAAAUUUCCAGGACAACUUUCUGAGAUAGUGUAGAUUCAGCUUUGUUCAAAUCAUGGUCAUCAGGGGUAGAGUGGGGGUCACGAUAUGUGGUCAGUAUUUUAUAUGAGUAUAUAGAGGAACACUUGUUUUAACAGUAGACACAUGGAUACUGAUAUUAAUAUGUGUAGGCCCUCCACUACAUUAUGGCUGGCGGGUCUUGGCUCCCCACCCCCUUGGUUCUGAUAAACGCUGCUGCGUGUUGUGGCUAUCCCUAGACUUGACCUUGGUCCCUUGACCCUGGUUCGCCUCCACUUUCCUCCGCAGUUCCGGGCAUCCUCGCUUGAAAUGUCCCAUGACCCCGCACCUGUAGCAGCCUACUGGCUUCCGAUUGCCGCUUGAAGGUGGCGAUGAAGGUCGAGGAGAGGGGGUCUGCCCUCGGAGUUCCUUCUUUAAGUUCUGAAGGCACUGGCGCAUCUCGUUGUGUUCCUUGUCGGAAUCGGGGGCUUCAUCUUGGGUUACCUACCUCACAUUCCUCCUGGGCUUAUAUGACUUUGUCAGCCUCGAAUGCUGAUAGCACUGCAUCCUGUCAACUGCUUCCUCAACCGUCUUGGAUUGGUCGUCCAGGGCAUAGAGUCCUGCAUCCCGUAUGUGUGGGGGGUCACCUAACUGGGGCCGAACAUGAGUUACUCUACCCCUCUUCUCCCCCUAACCCACAGGCCGUGGAGCCAGGAUAAGCGGAGGGUCCCUGUUGUUGAUAGGGUGGUGUGAUCAUGGUAGGGUAGGCAUGGGUGUGCUAGCGUAAACGCCAAGUGUGGGAAGUACCAAGAGCUGGGGAUGGGGUAUUUCCAAUCCAAGGGUCUUGCGCAUGUGAAGGAUGGGCAUGUGUUGGUGGGGACCCUGUAAGCAGAACAUAGCUCUAGCUGGCCUGUGAGGGUGGGGGUAAUACCCAAAAUUCCGAAAAUGAAGCGACUGGGGGAUAUUGUCUGAGAGCGGGACGCUGUGAGCGUAAUCCUAACCUACCCCCCCCCCCUGGUGGGGGGGGGUAAACUCUGACUAAACUGGCCUACAGCCUGAUCAUCGGCCCAUGAGCGAGGGAGUGGGGCCGAAAACCUCCGAGACCCUGGAACAUAGGGAUGCAGGAUGGGGGUUUGAUGUUCCGGGAGAGUCCCUGAACUAAGUCUAUAAUAAUAACCAUCCCCCUAACUGGUGUGAGCCUUGCCAAGACAUUAGGAAUAACUGACCCUUCCCCCAUGGGAGACAAGAAAUCCUCCCCCACCUAUUCCAAUCCCUAGACCCCAACGAGUCAAGUCCAAAACCUUUUUUGGGUGGAUCUAAUCCAAUUAAAUUCUCUGAUGAGUCCGACCUGCGACAUACAAUGGGGACGGCCUUCAGAAAAGGACAGGGCAAGAAUUAUUGGAGCCGGCACAGAGCCAGAGAUGAGAGCUCUAUAUCUAGAACAGAGUGCUUUAGAAUCGAGUCUAACAUCACCCUGCUCUUCCACUCCUCCUCGCUCACCGACCCCACCCAGAUCCCCGACUCCACCUAGAUCGCCAACACCUCCUAGAUCUUCGACCCCACCUCGCCCCCCAAAGAAGCAACCAAACAAGAAGAAACAGACAGAUAAAAAAACAAAGCAAGCAGCUCGUGUUAUAUCCGUGGUGGAGACUACAGGAAAUGCGGAGAAUGACAGCACCGUUGUUUUAGGAGACCCAUGCCUGCCCGUAACCCCUAUCAUAAGGAGAGCAAAUGAGAACCCCCCUUCAGCAUCGUCAACAGCUAGCGACUGUGGAAACUUAGAGGGUAUGCUAAAGUUGGCCCUUCGCCAUUUGAAAACGAUGGUGUCAGUGUCGGACCUUCAACGAGAAUUAAAAAUUGUGAACACGAAGUUGGAUGUCGCCAAUACAAGGAUCGUAAGGCUAGAGGGGACAAUCAAGGACUUGUCCAAUGGGAUUGUCGGGAACACCUGUGCGCCGCCUCCAGUCCAAGCUCCUGCUUUUGACCAAGUCCAUGGAGAGGAUAUCAACAACGGAGUCCCCCAGGAGUUCCAAAUUGACUUGGAAACUUUGAACCAUCUGAAAGCUGCAUCAAACAACCCGGGGCAUUUAGCGUGCCUUCUAGUGAAGAAGUUAUUUCCGGAACUAUUUCUCUCAGGGCGAAAAAGCGAGUAUAAUUGGUUUGGUGGAGGUGUGAAGGGUAAAAAAGAGUUAGAGAACAGACGCAAAAACGCUAUAAAAAAAUAUGUGACCUUUUUCCAUCCGGAAGUAAAGGAACCAAUGGUGUGGCGGGAACGGGUGGUGACCAGAAUUAAUGAGUGCCUCCGCCGUCCUAAAAAAGUCAGGGCUCAACAGAAAGUUGUCAAUGAUGGUGGUGAUGAUGAUGAUGAUGAUGAUGAUGAUGUGCAGCAUAUAAGUGUUCCUCUUACCGCGAUUAUGUACGCUCAAAUUUAGAACUUGCGUGUCAAUGUUGCCAGAAGUACAGACUUAGAUGUUACAUACAUGUACUAUAUUUCUGAAUACUAGAAGUUUUCAUAUAUUAAGAAAUUUUUAACAUUUGCUACAUGACAUACAGUAUGUAAAUGAAAUGAUGAUAAUGUACUAAUCUAAAUAAAAGUUUUCCUUAUCUCGAUAA